AUGGUUCGACGUGCAUCGAUGUGCCGCAGAGACAUCAAGCCCUGGCGCAGGUGCGUGUACGAUGACUUCUUCGUCACCAACGAGGGCAGGAACCAGGCCAUCCAAGCAGCAGAGGGCAGCAGCAUCGCGUGCGUGCUGGUCGACAACACAAAUGACCGCAUCUCGUUCAGGGAGCCGCGCACGCCGCUCAAUGACGCCGCGUUCCAGGCAUUCGCAGACGUUGCACGCCCCCGCCCCAUAUCCUUCAGCCUCGAGACGCUGCAGUACACGCCGGAGGAGGCCAUCUUCAUCCCGCCACGCAACACCAUCCCACGCCAAGACCCUUUCCCCUUUUACGUCACGAAGGGGGGUGCACCACGCAAUCCAACGCGCGUCUUUGCGUCCGCGCCAGGCACGUGCACCCGCAUCAUCCCAGCGGCAGACGAUGCCGAGCGUGUUCGGGCGAUGUGCAGUCCUGGUGGCGACCUUGAUGUACCGGUCCCGACAGACGCCGCGGUCCUUGCAACAUACACAGGCAUCACAACCAACAUCCAAAUCAUUUACAGUGGAUGUGAUGGUGAUUGCACCAUCCGUUACAACGCAUCCACCCAACGCUGCAUCAACGCUGUGCAAAAGGUCGAGUACACCAUCCAGCUUGGCCUCACUACCAUCUCCUCCCUCAAUGUUGCCGUGACCGUCGCUUCCUUUGACGCCUCGGCUACACUUCACUUGUCACCUUGGUACGGGCCCAAGCGAAACUACGACAGGGUGUUGCUCAAGAACACGCAGCAGGAAAACAGCAGAAAGCGUCGCGAACGCCGUGGACUUGGCGAUUGCCAGUGA